CUGCCAGAAAGCAAGAUGGCGGCAACGUUGGCGGCCACCGGGCGUCUGCAUCAGGCCCUCCGUGGGGCGCCUAGAUGGAAAAGCCCUUGUUCCAGGACCCGGACCCUCCGCCGUCAGCUCUCCUCAAGCCCUCCGCAGCCUUCAGCCUCGGCCGUAAGAACUGCCUUCCUUCACUUCUUCCGGGACCGUCACGGCCACCAACUAGUGCCCUCUGCUUCCGUACGGCCUCGAAGCGACCCCGGCCUGCUCUUCGUCAAUGCGGGAAUGAACCAGUUCAAACCAAUCUUCUUGGGCACAGUGGACCCUCGAAGUGAGUUGGCCCGGUUCCGGCGAGUAGCCAACAGCCAGAAGUGUGUCCGGACCGGAGGGCGGCAUAAUGACCUAGAGGAUGUGGGCCGAGACCUUUCCCACCACACUUUCUUUGAGAUGCUCGGCAACUGGGCAUUUGGAGGUGAAUACUUUAAGGAGGAGGCCUGCAGCAUGGCCUGGGAGCUGCUGACCCAAGUGUACGGGAUUCCCCAGGACAGGCUGUGGGUUACCUACUUCGAUGGCAACCCUCCUGAGGGGCUGGCACCAGACUACGAGAGCAGGGAUAUCUGGCUCGGCUUGGGGGUACCGUCUACCCAAGUGCUUCCCUUUGGGCCGCUAGAGAACUUCUGGGAGAUGGGGGAGACAGGACCUUGUGGACCCUGUACUGAAAUCCACUAUGACCUGUCUGGUGGAGAGGGGCCCCCACAACUGGUAGAGCUCUGGAAUCUGGUCUUCAUGCAGUAUAACAGGGAGGCUGAUGGCAGCCUGCAGCCCCUGCCCCAGCGGCAUGUGGACACUGGCAUGGGCCUGGAGAGGCUGGUGGCCGUUUUGCAGAACAAACAUUCUACCUAUGACACGGAUCUCUUCUCCCCGCUGCUUACAGCUAUACACCAGGGCUGCAGGGCGCCCCCAUACCGGGGCCGCAUAGGGAUGGCAGAUGAGGGACGCACAGAUAUGGCCUAUCGGGUGGUGGCCGACCACAUCCGCACCCUGAGUAUCUGCUUGGCCGAUGGUGUUUACCCUGGCAUGUCUGGAGCCUCACUGGUUCUCCGCCAGAUCCUUCGCCGAGCGGUUCGUUUCUCCUCAGAGGUGCUGCAGGCACCCCCGGGCUUCCUGAGCAGCCUGGUGCCUAUUGUCGUGGAGAUGCUGGGGGACGUCUACCCAGAGCUGCAGAAGAACACAGCCCAGAUUACCGGUUUGGUGAAAGAGGAAGAAAGUGCCUUCCUGUCUUCCCUAGAGCGAGGUCGCCGUGUCAUUGACCGCACCCUGCAGCAGCUGGGCCCUGCGAACCUGUUCCCAGCUGAAGUAGCCUGGUCCUUGGGGAACCUGGGGCUGCCCUUGGAUCUGGUGGGCCUGAUGUUGGAAGAGAAGGGUGUGCAGCUAGACUCAGCUGGUCUGCAGCGGCUGGCCCAGGAGGAGGCCCAGCGCCGGAGUCAAGCCCAACAGGCAAAGCCAGCAGAGAAAGUGGAAUUGCGCCUGGACAUCCACGCCCUGGGCCACCUGCAGAAGCGAGGGGUCCCCCUGACGGACGACUCCGCCAAGUAUAAUUACUCCUUGCUUCCUAAUGGGUGUUAUGAAUUUGGAGCCUGUGAAGCUGAGAUAAUUCAGUUGUAUGCCCUGGAUGGGGAGGCCAUAGACUCAGCUGAGGGGGGUCAACGUUGCGGCCUUCUCCUGGACAAGACCAGCUUCUAUGCUGAGCAAGGGGGCCAGGCUUCUGACCGCGGCUACCUGAUACGCAAAGGGCAACAAGAUGUGCUGUUCCCAGUCAUUGGGGCCCAGACUUAUGGAGGCUUCAUCCUGCAUGAGGUGAUAGCCCCUGAAACCUUGAAGGUGGGGGACCAGGUCCAGCUGUACGUGGAUGAGGAAUGGCGUCUGGGCUGCAUGAAGAAGCACACAGCCACCCAUCUGCUGAGCUGGGCACUGCGGCAGGAGCUGGGCCCAGACACGAAGCAGUGUGGCUCCCACCUCAGCCCCGAGAGACUUCGCUUUGAUGUGGCCACCCUAGCCCCACUGACACCCAAGCAGCUUCAGGCAGUGGAGGAAGCUGUCCAAGAGGCUGUGGGAAGGGAUGAGGCUGUGUACAUGGCCGAGGUGGCUCUGGAGCUGACCAUGCGAGUUCCAGGCUUGCGCGCACUGGAUGAGGUAUACCCUGACCCUGUCCGGGUGGUGUCUGUGGGGGUCCCUGUAGCCAGUGCCCUGGCCCCCAGCUCCCAGGCUGCACUGCACACCUCCAUAGAGCUGUGCUGUGGCACGCACCUGCUACGCACGGGGGCCAUAGGGGACCUGACUAUUGUGGGGGAACGACCACUAUCCAAGGGCAUCAUCCGCUUGGUGGCUGUCACUGGGGAGCAGGCCCAACAGGCCCGUGACAUUGGCCAGAGUCUGGCACAAGAGGUUGAAGCGGCUGCUGCUCGCCUAAGUCAGGGGAACCAGGAUGUGAAGGAAGCUCUGAGGCUGUCAAAGGAUGUGGGACGGCUCAGUGACACUGUGGACACAGCUGUGAUGCCCCAGUGGCAGCGUCGAGAGCUACAGGCGGUCUUGAAGAAACUGCAGCGUCGUGCCAACACUGCCGUCCGAAAACUGGAGCUGGGGCUGGCCACAGCAAAGACCCAGGAGCUACUGGAGAGACACCCUGUGGGGCCCUUCAUUGUGGACACAGUCCGGGCUGAGUCCCUCUCGCUGCUAGUGAAGGUGGUGAAGCAGCUGUGCGAGCAAGUCCCUGGCACCUCCGUGUUGCUGCUCAGUCCCCAGGCCCCAGGGAAGGUCCUGUGUGCCUGUCAGGUGGCCCAGGAUGCGGUCCCCACCUUCACUGCUGAGAACUGGGCAUCGGUCGUGUGUAGCCAUAUGGGAGGCAAGGCCUGGGGCUCCCGAGUUAUGGCGCAGGGAGCAGGGAACACUGAUGACCUGGAGGCCACGCUGAACUUUGCCCGAUCCUUUGCCCUCAGCCAGCUCUGACCCAGGCCUCUUGGGGUGAAAAGGAGCAAGGUAGCACAGUAGGGCAGGAGGCAGAGGCCCCAGCGCCUAAGGACUAAGAAACUAGGGCUGGAGACAAUCAGAAGCACAAGGAGAGCCAGGCCUUCAUCUGCCCAACUCCCCCAUCAUGGGGCAGGAGAACUUUAAUGGUGACCCCAGGAGGAGCCCCCCACCCCCAGCAAGGAUGUGUCUGCCAGCAUGAUCCUCAGCCCUGCUUCUCAGGGCCAGAGCUCUCUAUGGCUCCCUGGUAAAAAGGAACAGCAGCUUUCUGCUGUUAGCAGGAAGGAGAGACCUUGAGGAUGGGAGGCUGAUCGAUGUCCUUGUGCCCUGCACCCUCUCUAUCCCGUGUCCCUGUCGUUCACCCCACGUUCCAGAUCCUCCGUGUCUCCUCCCCCCCCCUGCCAUUUAGUCCCUGUCCCCCCAUUCUCUCCUCUGUCUCCCCUGGACAAAAGACUCCUACUCUACCAACGUCUCCACCUUUAACUCUCUGGUAUCUUCCCUAGGAUGGCCCUUCAUGACUUAGUCUCUUUGUGGUACAGCUUCUCACUCCCUGCUUGCACUGCUCAGGGUGCUCAGUACUGUCUGUGCCCAGCACUCUUGCGGGUUCUCUCAGGCCUGGCUGGGGGAGGUGCGGGGCUUGGGACGGCCUGGGACCCGAGACCUCAGUCACCACUGACUCGGCCGCUCUGCAGACACCAUCAGAUCUGAGCAAGCAACAGGGAUGAGCCCGGCCCUCUUGGGCAUGGGAACUGAAAAUGUGAGGGGCUCAGACCACAUGGAAGAUUAAACUACACUUCAGCCCCAGGGCAGAAAGGAGCUGGGAGCCCACAGGCCUCACCAGGACAGCCGAGGUCACAACAGGACACCCUGUUGAAAUGACGCCCUCCCCUCCUCCCUCAGCCUGGGCGUCUUGUGCUUCUGUCUUCUGGCAGCCUUUCCCAGACUCUACCAGCUUGGGAAGUUGGGCAUCCUCUGGAGUCUUAAUGAGGGAAGGGGAGCCAGUGAGGAUGGCUGCCCCUGCCAGGCUGGGGUCCUGAUAGCUGAGUACCACAGUUCAAAGGGGGCCACCUGCCUGGCAGUGCCCAGAGAUGGAAUUUAAAGGUCUCUCUUCCUCAAGUGGAGCUCAGCCCCUCCAUGGUGCAUUCUCCUUGACAGCUGAUUUCUCGUUUUAAUUAAGAUGUUACUGAUUUAUUGAUUAAUCACUGCUGUGAGCACAAUAGUCUCCAAAGUU